AUGGCCGCUAAAUCGGAUGGGGUGUUGAAAAUGAAAAAGAGCGAUGUGGCAUUUACUCCCUUGCAAAAUUCCGACCACUCGGGCUCAGUACAGGGGCUCGCCCCAGGAUCACAGCCGGACUUGGGGACGGGUGAGGGGGACUUUGUGCAUGCGGAGCCGCGCUGCUGCGGCUCCUCUUCGACGUGUCUUCGCCUAGGAAGGGAGCAGCAGAACUACUCGGUGUGGGACUGUCUUUGGAUCCUCGCCGCAGUUGCAGUAUAUUUUGCCGAUGUGGGCACAGAUGUUUGGCUCUCCGUCGACUAUUACCUCCGGCGCGAGUACUGGUGGUUCGGGCUCACGUUGUUUUUUGUGGUGCUUGGUUCGUUUUCGGUACAGGUUUUCAGUUUUAGAUGGUUCGUUCACGAUUUCAGCACCGAUGAGGGCUCGAGUGCCACUGGUGCCGCCAGUUGCUCUCACAUGGACGGGAAGCUCAUAAGCGGUUCUGCCUCACAUGGGGAUGUGGGUGCCCACCCUUCCACACCCCAGAGACAGGCUUCCACCGCCAGCAAGAGCAACAUCACAACUAACAGCAGCAACAGCAGCACCGCAAACCGGACUAACAAGAAAAGGUCGGCGUCCUGCUCCUUCUGCAUUUGGCUCCUGCAGUCAAUCAUUCACAUCCUGCAGCUUGGUCAGAUAUGGAGGUACUUCCACACCAUCUACCUGGGCAUCCGGAGCCGGCGCAGCGGGGAGCACGAGCGCUGGCGCUUCUACUGGAGGAUGGUGUACGAGUACGCCGACGUCAGCAUGCUGCACCUGCUGGCCACCUUCCUGGAGAGCGCCCCCCAGCUGGUGCUGCAGCUCUGCAUCAUCAUCCAGACCCACAAGCUGCAGGCCCUGCAGGGUCUGACAGCAGCCGCUUCCCUGGUGUCGCUGGCCUGGGCCCUGGCCUCGUACCAGAAGGCCCUCCGUGACUCCCGAGACGACAAGAAGCCCAUCAGCUACCUGGCCGUCAUCAUCCAGUUCUGCUGGCACUUCUUCACCAUCGCGGCGCGCGUCAUCACCUUCGCCCUCUUCGCCUCCGUGUUCCAGCUCUACUUCGGCAUCUUCAUCGUGCUGCACUGGUGCAUCAUGACCUUCUGGAUCGUCCACUGCGAGACCGAGUUCUGCAUCACCAAGUGGGAGGAGAUCGUCUUCGACAUGGUGGUGGGCAUCAUCUACAUCUUCAGCUGGUUCAACGUGAAGGAGGGCAGGACCCGCUGCCGGCUCUUCAUCUACUACUUAGUGAUCCUGCUGGAGAACACGGCCCUGAGCGCGCUGUGGUACCUGUACCGCCUGCCGCCCAGCACCGACGCCUUCGCCAUCCCGGCCCUCUGCGUCAUCUUCAGCAGCUUCCUGACGGGCAUCGUGUUCAUGCUCAUGUACUACGCCUUCUUCCACCCCAACGGGCCGCGCUUCGGCCAGUCGCCCAGCUGCACCCUGGAGGACCCCAGCGCCCCGUUCGCCCCGCCCCCGGAGGGCGCCACCAACUCCCUGCGGGCGGGGCAGACCCGCGGGGCGGGGGUAGCGGUGGCGGGGGCGGCGGCGGCAGGGGCGGACAGGGAGCCCAAAUACACGGAGAGGGACGGCUGCGUGCCCAUCUUUCAGGUGCGGCCCACCGCCCCCUCCACGCCCUCCUCCCGCGCCCCGCGGAUGGAGGAGACGGUCAUUAAAAUAGACCUGUUCCGCAACAGGUACCCGGCCUGGGAGAGGCACGUGCUAGACAGGAGUAUACGGAAGGCCAUCCUGGCCUUGGACUGCUCGCCCAGCCCUCCCCGGCUCCAGUACAAAGACGACGCUCUGGUGCAGGAGCGUCUGGAGUACGAGACCACACUGUAG